UGCACAUCGAGCGGCGGCUCCGGCUCCGGCUCCGGCGGGAAGAGGGGAAAAAAAAAAGGGACGAGAACACGCGAGGGAGGUUUUUAAAUAUAUAUAUAUAUAUAUAUAUAAAAAAACAACAACAACAAAAACAACAGAGGGGCAGGUCGGGGCCGAGAGGAAGAGAGUGGAAGGCGCCGGUUGAGCCGCGGAAGAUUCCAGAUUAAAUCCCCGCCGUCACCGUCACCGUCACCCACCUACCCAGCUCCCCCCCCCCAACCCCCCCUUCCCUGGGGCUGCGGCCCGGGAUUCGGGCGCCGACGAUGCUGUUGCUGGGAGUCGGACUGCUGCUGUCCUGGGCGUCGAUCUUGCGAGGGCAAUUCGGAAAUCCUUUAAACAAGUACAUUAGACAUUAUGAAGGUCUAUCGUAUGACACAGAUGUACUGCAUCAGAAACAUCAACGUGCCAAGAGGUCAAUAUUGCAUGAUGACCAGUUUGUCCAUUUGGAUUUCCAUGCACAUGGCCGACACUUCAACCUGAGAAUGAAGCAAGACACCUCUAUAUUCACAGAUGAUUUUAAAGUGGAAGUAUCAGGCGAAGAGCUGAAUUAUGACACCUCCCAUAUCUACACUGGGGAAAUCUAUGGUGAGAGAGGAUCUCUCAGUCAUGGCUCUAUCGUAGAUGGACGGUUUGAAGGGUUUGUCCAGACCCACCAGGGUACUUUCUAUGUUGAACCGGCAGAGCGAUACAUUAAAAAUAGAAAGCCACCUUUCCACUCUGUGAUCUACCAUGAAGAUGAUAUAAAAUACCCUCACAAAUAUGGGCCAGAAGGAGGCUGUGCUGACCAUUCAGUGUUUGAAAGAAUGAAGAAGUACCAGAUGACAGCUGUAGAAGAACCCACGCCACAGAAACCUGUGGAUCUUGAGCACAAACAUAAUUAUGAACCAGUUAUUUUGAGAAAGCGUCGUGCAGCUCCAGAGGAGAAAAACACUUGUCAGCUCUUUAUUCAAACAGAUCACCUGUUCUUUAAAUACUAUGGUUCAAGAGAAGCAGUUUUGGCCCAGAUUUCCAGUCACGUCAAAGCAAUUGACACAAUUUACCAGACAACGGAUUUUCACGGCAUCAGAAAUAUCAGUUUUAUGGUGAAGAGAGUACGAAUCAACACCACAAGUGACGAAAAAGAUAGAAGCAACCCAUUUCGGUUUGCAAACAUUGGUGUCGAGAAAUUCCUCGAACUCAAUUCAGAACAGAAUCAUGAUGAUUAUUGCUUAGCCUAUGUGUUCACAGACCGUGAUUUUGAUGAUGGUGUACUGGGACUGGCUUGGGUUGGUGCACCAGCAGGAAGCUCUGGAGGGAUAUGUGAAAAAAGCAAACUUUAUUCUGAUGGCAAGAAGAAAUCCCUCAAUACUGGAAUUAUCACUGUUCAAAACUAUGGCUCUCAUGUCCCUCCUAAAGUCUCUCACAUCACAUUCGCUCAUGAAGUAGGCCACAACUUUGGCUCUCCACAUGAUUCUGGCUCUGAAUGUACCCCAGGAGAAUCCAAGUCUGGGGAAGUGAAAGAAAAAGGCAAUUAUAUUAUGUAUGCGCGAGCUACAUCUGGUGAUAAGCAGAACAACAAUAAAUUCUCUACCUGUAGCAUUAAAAACAUCAGCCAGGUCCUUGACAAGAAAAGAAACAACUGUUUUGUUGAAUCUGGCAAACCCAUUUGUGGCAAUGGUUUAGUUGAAGAGGGGGAGCAAUGUGACUGUGGUUACAGUGACCAAUGCAGAGAUGCAUGCUGCUAUGAUGCAAAUGAGGCAGAAGAGAAGAAAUGCAAGCUUAAACCAAACAAACAGUGCAGCCCAAGUCAAGGACCAUGCUGUACCAGAGGGUGCACUUUUAAGCCCAUCGAUGAAAAAUGCCGUAAUGAGUCAGAUUGUGCUAAGGAAGGGAAAUGUAAUGGUGGAGCUGCUCUAUGUCCAACAUCUGAUCCCAAAGACAACUUUACCCUUUGUAAUAGGGGAACCCAAGUGUGCAUUAAAGGACAAUGCUCUGGAUCGAUCUGUGAGAAGUACAAGCUUAUGGAGUGUACCUGUUCAAAUGAGGAUGAUGAAACAGAAUUGUGCCAUGUUUGCUGUAUGGAGAAACAUAACCCAUCAACGUGUGCUAGUACUGGGUCGAAGAAGUGGUACACGUACUUCAAUUAUACUACCAUCACACUGCAGCCUGGCUCACCCUGCAAUGAUUUCAAGGGCUACUGUGAUGUCUUUAAUAGAUGUAGACUUGUUGAUGCAGAUGGUCCAUUGGCUAGGCUAAAGAAAGCAAUCUUUAAUCCAGAGCUUUAUGAAAAUAUUGCUGAAUGGAUUGUGGCUCAUUGGUGGGCUGUACUGCUGAUGGGAAUUGCACUAAUUAUGCUGAUGGCUGGAUUUAUUAAAAUCUGCAGUGUGCAUACUCCAAGCAGUAACCCCAAACUGCCACCUCCCAAACCACUUCCAGGCACAUUAAAGCGAAGACGACAGCAGCAGCAGCAACAGGCAAUGCAGCCAUCACGCCAGAGACCCAGAGAGAACUAUCAGAUGGGACAUAUGAGACGCUAAACUGAAGCAGUUGCCUUGGAUCUUCCUAGUGCCUACAGCAGGAAAUUUCGCUCCAAAGAAAACCUGUUCCUGUCAUUGUCUCAAAUCUGAUAGAAAGCUUUUAGGUUCUAAUAUUAGAGGGAAUUGGAAUACUUGUGAUGGAUGCAGUCUCCACUUCCAAAUGGAGAAAAGAAUCCUCAAUGUCCCUUCUAAUCCAGUCUUACUGAUCAGAUCAUGUUUGGAUUUUAUUAAAUCAUGUUUGGAAAGAACUUUUUUUUGAUGAGGCAUCGCAAAGUCACAUGAGAUUCUUUUUGCUCUUGGCCAUUUGUGAUCUUUCUCCUUGCACAAAUAUGUGACUGUAGGUAAUGCUAUUACUGCUGCCAAUUUCAAGCUUUUAUGUAUGAUAACACAGCAAUUUAGAAACUUAUUUGGCAAAUUAACAGAUUUUUUUUCCGAAGUUCAGCCUGUACUUCUAACUUGCAUACAACUUUAGGAAGAUGUAUGGGUACAAGUAACUUGAUAUGGAUUUAGCUGUAAUGCAUACAUUUCUGCUGUUUAAGAAAAAACAAUUGCUGUUUAAUUGCCACACUCAGGAUAAUGCAAGUCGCGAAUAAUCUAAAAGACCUCUCGAUAUUUAUAACAGUGGUGAGAUGGUAAAAUCAUGAAAUUUGGCUUUAAAUUUAAAAUCUUUAUUGCCACCAUUUCUUCAACUGUUACCAGCAAUGGACAGCUGCUGAGGUGUACAGCUCUAGACUGAAUGCUCUGGAUUGGGGAUGUGAUAGUCGUAAUGCAUUAAGUUUAAUAAGUUAUGAUUGUUUAAGAUUUAGUGUAAAAUUGGCAAUAUUUGAUUUCAUUUUUAGGGAAUAUAGUCAGCUAGUGUGUUCUGAAUUUUGCUGGAAAUUGGUGCGGAUUUGCCUGAAUAACAUUUUCCGUUUUUUGCUUUACGAUGUGUGGAAAGAAUUGUGACAAAUCGUUUUUAUAUUUUGGAAUUUAGGUUUGAGAUUUGGGAUUAUAUUUUUUUUAAAUGCAUACUUCUAUGAAUUCUGAUAAUUACAAGGGCAACCACUGAAUAGCAGGUGCUCCACUUUUACAAGAGCUAUAGCUCUUCAGGGGGAGUUUAGAAAUUUCUAUUUACUAAGAAUUGAAACUGCUGAACAGCAAAUUAUAAAUUCAAAAAGAAGUGUUUACUUGGACAUAUUAAAAAAAAAUUGGGUGUCUGGUAGACAGGCAAAACGCUAAAAAGCAUGAUCUAUUUUCCUCUUUUAAAUACUAAAAACUUGUAUAGUAAACAAGAGCAUUUUUCGAAAUACAACUUUUUGUACAUGAUUUAGAAAAUUUUGUAUUGGAAACCCAACAAUUAAUGUGUGAUUCUGCGGAAUCCUGAAUGAUCUUAACAAUUGGAAAUAAAGGUUUCUUUUUACUUUUGAAUCAUUUUCUUUUGUUUUACAUUGUGCGGCUGAAAGUGGGUUUGUGUCUCAAACAAUGAAGGGACUUUUCAAAAAGCGUAUUUAAAAAAAAAAUCUAGAGUAUUAAACAUUUCAUAUGGUAAUAUUUUGCUUGUAUUAUCCUGUGGUAGGACAUGGGCAGGACUCGACCGCCUUGUUCUUUUUAAGUUUUCAAACCUCUUUCAAGGGAUGUGCACUGAACCAUACAUUUCAAGAUUAGUUCUGGUAGGAAUGAAGAAUCCUCCAAAAGAAGACAAAAAAAAAACAAUACUACUGUCAUAUUUUAAUGCCCACUGUGUUUUAUACAGUAUCUUUUUGUUCACUGGGAAAAUUUUUACUAAAAGUUGCAAAAAGUAUUGUGCAGAUAUGUACGUUUUUUUUGAAUUACUUGAAAUGCAUUAAUAAAGAAUAGAUUUGAUCGACCAAA